GACGAACGCUAUGGCUCAAGUGCAGAUUCAGCGACCUCUGCGUGGGUCCCGCAUAUCGACCUUUUACCCGGUCAAAACUCUCCCUUCUCUGUCCUCGCUCGACAGUGCUUUCCAGCUGCAAGAGUACAUCUCGCUCCUCAUUCGACUGGAUGUCCACGACGUGGACGCGAUCGUGUCUGUCCCAGGCCGCGGAAAGCAGAAGGAGAGCGGUUCCCUGCUUGAACCCACAGAAGAGGGCAAGGAGAAGAAGCCGGAUGUAGUAGUUGACGAGGCCUGUUGGAAGUACGAGCAGCUGAGGCGUCUUGCCCAAGACCUGUCGCAUCCCCUCAUCACUUCUCUACAGCAGGUCUGCAACAGAAGCACCUGCCCGGAAAUGAAAGCAGGAGAAUGGCUGUAUCUCUGUGUAGCUCAUGGAAAUGAAGGAGCGAUGGAGCAAUGUUGCGCGAUUGACUACAUCCUUCACACAUUGGACAGCGCCACAGCGCUCCUCAACUCACCUCGGGCUUUUCCCUCCAGAAUGCAGAUCCCUCCUGCAUCACACCGACAUUUCUCCUCUCUUGCCCGUCGAUUGGGUCGAAUCUUUGCCCAUGCAUAUUUUCACCAUCGGGAGGAGUUCGAGCAAGCCGAAGCAGAGAGCUCCCUUUAUGCUCGCUUCCUUGCGCUGACUGAAAAAUUCGAGCUAGUCCCUGCAGACUUCCUCGUAAUCCCGCCUCGGAUCGCGGCUGCCCCAAUAGAUUCCGAUCGUCGAAGCAGCGUGAUUCCCGCUAUUGAAGCGCAGCCUCCCACCCUACUGGCUGCAGCCUUGCACGUCGAAACUGCUCCCUCGCCGGAGGACUCCUUGAGUCCAGUCGACAAGGACAACAUCGUCAGCCCUGGCAGCAGUCUUGAUGAAGCCAUGAGUCCGCGGCGUUAUGGCCGCAACAGAACAGAUACGAUGAUGCUUGAAGGCGACCGAUUCCCUCCGAGUCCUGCUGUUGCUGCUGAAGACGGUCCAGUUGGUCUCGAAGCAGCGUUGGCGGACGCUGCUCUGGCGGAUCUUCCCUCUGUUUCGGCAUCGCCCGCUAUGUCGGAAUCGGUCUCUGCACCUCACGAAAGCAGCAACGAGGCUCCCGAGGCAGAUCUGUCUGCUGAACCAGAGUCGAUUUCUGAAUUGUCGGUGCUGCAGAAAGAUUCGGAUCUCGACGGCGAACCCAGUCCUACUGGCGGUAGCGCCCUUGCGCCUGAGCCGGAGGAAUCUAACAUCCCCAUCGUCUCACCGUCGUCCUCGACUGCCGCUAUCCCACUGGACGGCUCAAUCAUAAUCGACACUUCAGCCAGUCCCGUGCGCGAAGCUUACGAUGCGUCCGUCACGGCGCCUGUCGCACAAGCUGAGGAGAGCCAAUCUGGAGAAAAGUCGGAUGCAGGCGAGCAAUCGGACGAGGUCGAAAAGUCGGAUGAGGCUGGAGAGGAGAAGGCAGAGCUUGUGCCUGUUCCUGCUAUCGCUAUUGAACCCGCGACCCCGCCAGACGAGGCAGGUGAGCCAGAACUUGAGGCACCUGCAGUGGAAGCAGAUGCUGGCGAAGUAGAAAAUGUCCACGAGGGAAGUGCACAGGGCGCUGCAGUUGAGCCAUCCUCAGUGGAGGCUCAGAAACUGGAGGAAAAAUCGGAAGAGGAAGUAGAUGUCACUGAGGCACCUACGAUACACGACGAGGAGGUACCGAAGGUGGAGGCUACCUCAGAUUAGACAUUGCUUUCUUCGUGCCUCUUUACGCGCUUUCAGUGUGUGUGUAUAUAUAUACAUUUUGCUUUUUGCAAGAGGUGCUUCCUUCCCCGCAGGCUCCUCGCCGA